AUGCUUGCAGGUAUCCCCCACCUGAUCGGUUCAGAACGCAAUGGGAACGUGCACUCACCGUUGGAUAAGAAUUUUCCACAUCUUGCCCUUGCGGGGCCAUCGCCGGCUUCCCUCCUGUACAACUCUCACCGUCCCACCACCAUUGACUUUUCCGCCUGGCCACCCCUGACUAUUUUGAGCAGGACACAGCCGCUGAACCCAAGGAAACUCGAUGGCGAGGUCACUGACCCCUUUGAGAGUCGCAGUUCCGACGGCGGGCUCGAUGAGGGCGACAGUGAACGCACGCCCGCCAGGACAUCUGUGCUCGCAAGUGUGGAAGCAGUGUCCGCCGAGAAGCUCCGUUCACUCGAGGUCGAGAAGCAACUCCACGACACCAAGGAGAAGCUCUACGAAAUCGACAGUGAGCGCCAGAGCCUCAUGCUCGCUGCCACCAUACGCGAGCACGAGCUCCAGCAGGCCACGGCCCAGGUGUCCGAGCUCACGCUCGCCACGGCGCGCGCCAUGGCGGAGAAUGAGCGUCUGGAGAACGUGCUCAACAUUGAGCGCGAGGCCACGGCGUCGUUUUACGCCAAGAGGAUCGGGGACCACGUUGUCCAGCUGCACAACGCCAAGCAGGUCAACGACAGCCUCACAACAUCCCUGGCCAACGAGCGUUCCCGUGCCGACUUGGCGGAAACACAACGCGAUCAAGCUGUGAUGGAGCUGAAGAAGGCGAAAGCACAGCUCGAGGCGGUUGAGGGAGUGCGACAAGAUGUCGCGAGAUCGCCCGGGAGUGCUGUGAAGAGUCAAGGUGUUCCCGAGGACCUCUUGGAAGUAGGGGACAACCCUACGUUUGUCGAAAGAGCAAUGAAAAGGAGCGGCAGCUUUCAAAACCUCGACUUGGACCUCCAGGACAGCCAUAGCCCACGCGAUCGUCACCAGGAGGAACAUAAUCAUAUUCGUACAACACUUCUUGCUGCCUUGGAGAGCCGCCAACUCCAAAACAACAUGUUCGGCCUGGCGCCAAUGACGUCCCCCACUCCCAAGCGGCAGCCCCUUCAGUUGGCGCAUUCCCGACGCAAAGACAUGACCUACACCUAUCUGGUCGAGAAACUGAGGUCAACGGAAGAUGCCCUUGCCCAAGCCGAGCAAGACGUCGUGUCUGCAAGGGAGCAGGCCGAAUUCUGGAAAGAGCACGCAGAAUCCAAGCCCAUGCGGUGUUCAGAAUCAAGAGAGUGCCACCAACCAGGUUGCUCGUCGGGCCGACUGAAUGACUGGCGUUGGAACGUCAGCGACGCGACUGCUGUGGCCGACGCUGCUGCCACCGACAUGCGGCUUGAGCAUAAGCAUAUCCCUGCCAGGGUCCAAUGUGCGCUGGAGACUCUUGUCCUCGAGUUCCAGGCCGCGUUCAAGCCCAUGGGGUCUGCAGAAGCCGCUCCUCGACCCCACCUCGCCGAUACACUGGUCCUCGACGAGACACUUCAGAACAAGGACGGUCUUGUCGUUCAGAUGGACGUUCUGCGAGGCCCAGCCGUUGACCAGGACACUGCUUGGCCAAACGUCGACUCUUCUGAGGGAGACGCGGGCUCUGGGGAGAGUGGUGCGCCUCACCCUUCCCAUCACCAAGACGUGCCUAUCACAUCGACCUAG